AUGUCAGCCCUUAAGCAAUUGGAAGAAGUUUAUCUUGAUGCGAUUAACGACCCAGGUUUCAAGAAAAAAUUUAUUGAGUUGUUGGAUUAUGCUGGUAGACCUACUCCAUUGUUUUUUGCUAAAAGCCUUAGUGACCAUUUAGGAGGAGCAAAAAUCUAUAUAAAAAAUGAAGGUCUUCUUCAUACAGGUGCCCAUAAAUUAAAUAAUGCUUUAGGGCAGUCAUUGCUCGCUCAAAGAAUGCAAAAAAAAACACUCAUUGCUGAAACAGGAGCUGGGCAACAUGGUUUGGCGACCUCCACUGCAGCAGCAAGAUCUCAAAUGGGGUGUCGAGUUUUCAUGGGCGAGGUGGACAUGAAAAGACAAUAUCCCAAUGUUUACAACAUGAAAUUGCUGGGCACCAAAGUAAUGGCUGUUAAAGAAGGUACCCGAACCUUAAAGGAUGCAGUUAAUGCAGCCCUUAAAGACUGGAUUGAGCAUUUAGAUGAUUGUCACUACAUCAUUGGUUCAGCCCUUGGACCUCAUCCCUAUCCCACCAUCGUGAGAGAUUUUCAAAGCAUUAUUGGCAGGGAGGUUAAAGAACAGUUCAAUGGUUUGACGGGAAAAUUGCCUGAUUUAAUUAUUGCUUGUGUGGGUGGAGGAUCAAACUCCUUAGGAAUUUUUCAUUCAUUCAUUGAUGAGGAUGUAAAACUAAUUGGGGUGGAGGCUGGAGGUCGAGGAGAGGAAAUGGGAGAACAUGCUUCUCGAUUCCUCCAUCCAAAAAUAGGAAUUGCACAAGGUUACAAAUCUUAUUUCAUUCAAAAUGAGGAAGGACAACUAUCUCAAACCCAUUCCAUUUCGGCAGGUCUUGACUAUGGGGGAAUUUCUCCAGAAUUAGCAUAUCUUCAUGAUCAAAAAAGAGUGGAAUUCAUGCGAGCAACUGACCAAGAAGCCUUGGAUGCUUUUAAAUUGUUGAUUAAAACGGAAGGUGUUAUUCCUGCGAUGGAAUCUUCUCAUGCUGUAGCGGGUGCCAUCCGUUUAGCAAAGAACAUGCCUCGCGAAAAAAGUAUGGUUGUUCAUAUCUCAGGUCGAGGUGAUAAAGAUUUAUUCAUUACUGCUAAACACCUUGAUUUGAAAAAUUGGAAUGAAUUCCUCAAACAAGAAAUAGAGGAAAUGUCAAAUGAUUAA